UGAUUUUGCAUUUCAGGGGAGAGAACUGUAUGUAAACAAUACAGAUCUCUCCCCUGUCAGCUCCUCACACUGCUAUGCAUGGCUUUGCAUAGCAGAGCCAUGCAAAGCAGUGUGCUUACAGUGAAGCACACACACAGCACAGAGUAAAACAGCACACAGUUAUCCAUUUGAUCAACCCAGAUGUUAACCCCUUCCUGCCCAGUGCCAUUAGUACAGUGUCAGCGCUUUAUAUUAGGACUGAUCACUGUAUUGGUGUCACUGGGGUUGUCAGUGACACCAAGUCAGUUCCCCCCCAGUGUCAGAAUGCCCGCCGCAGUCCCA